CACGAGCCCACCGUCUCUGUCCGUCCGUCUCCCACAAAAGGAAAACCCCACCGCCCCGUCUCGACGGAACCAGCACGAAAUCAUUUGCUUCUCUCUGCCUGCUGCCGCCCUGCCUCUCCAAACCCCCUCCCCUUCCCCUCGCCGCAGUCCGCCCGAACCCGAGCGCCGCAGCCGUCUUCCGGAGCGAUGGGGAAGAAGACGCCGCCGAAGGGGAAGCCGGACGGGAGCCCACGGAGACCGAAGGCUCCGCGUCUGGACCCGAUGGCUCUGGCUGAUGCGGCGGUGGCGUCGCCGCCGGAGGCGAGCGAUUUGAUGGAGGAAGGGGCGGAGGGGACCAGCGGCAACAACCGGUGCAAUCACGUCCUCGCUGACGGUGCUCGCGGCAAGUUUAGCUCGUCGUUGAUGUCCAAGGGCGCAGGGACGUGCGCGAGUUGUCGGCUAGAGGACGCGAAGCACAGGCCCGAGGAGAGCAGUAUCUUGGUGUGCCUGGAAUGCGGCUGGCACCUCUGCUGUGGGGUUGGGGGGAUUGCGAACCCGUUUGGGCAUUCUCGGGCGCACGCCAUGAAGAAGCAGCACUGGGUUGCUGUUCUGUACCAUGAUGCAGGAAGAGGAUACUGCUUCAACUGUGACGCCGAGGUGGGAAUGCCGGGUGAAUUUGAGGUUGAUGGUUAUGUGAUUGGAAUUGAUGUGAUCCGCGAUGUUGUCAGUUCGUUGCCGAAGUACGUGCUCCCGUCGUAUGGCGUGAUGGGCAGGAGGCCGAGGGCGCAGGAGACGGGCGAGAGCUCGCGGGAUGCCAAGACUCCGUGGGAGGUGGACGAUCUGGGAUGCAAGAAACGGCCAGAGGUGAACAGCGACAACGAUCGGUGCAGUCACGUCCCCACUGACCAUGCUCACAAGGAGAUUUUGGAUUCGUCAUUGCAAUCAGAUGACGCAGGGAAGUGCGCAGUUUGCCAGCGCGAGGAGGAGCUCGUGAAUAUAUUCGUGUGCCUUAAAUGCGGCCAGCAAUCCUGCGGGGAUUUGGCAAGUUAUGUCCCAUACGGGCAUGCUCAGUAUCACGCCAAGCAGGAGCGGCAUUGGGUUGCUGCGAUGUUUGCUGAUCCAGGAGCUGGAUUCUGCUUCAAGUGUGAAACUGAAGUGCCUGUGUAUCCAGAGGAGCUGGAAAUGCCUGAGGAAAUCCAGGCAGGUCGUCGUGCAUCUGGGUUUGGUGAGGUAGGUGAUCCUAUCAGUGGGUCACCAAAUCUCGGAGACAAACAACAUAGCCACGAGUUCAGAUCAGCUAAUGGGCAAGGCUAUGCUAUAAAAGGGAUACCAAAUAUCUCAAACACAUGCUAUAUGAAUGCAAUACUGCAGUGCCUCUUUGCACUUGAUAAGCUGCGGGCAAGGAUGUUAGCAUGGGAUGCUGCAAAGAGUCUCUUUGGCAUGGUAUUGAAGGAGCUUUUUGUGGAGACAGGUGCUUCAGGAGGCAUGCUGCUGGACCCAGAGAAACUCUUUCGAUUGAUAUGCUGGCGUACGGAUGGGUUCAAACAUGGUAAAAUGCAGGACAGCUACGAAUUGCUUGCUUCCUUGCAUGCUAUUUUGAAUAAAGAUGAGGAGAGUGAUGACAGGCAAAAUGGUGCUCCUACAAUUAUGGAUUCCAUUUUUGGGUUUGAGCUGUCUGAGACACUAUCCUGCAAAUGUGGUUUCUCUAAAUCAGCUGCCAAUCCUCUCUAUGAUCUGUCACUGCCACUGCCAUCAAAGGGGCAUCCAACCAAAAGUGUUGCAUCACCACAAACAAGCGAGAGUCUCAAAUCUCGACAGAAGUUUGCUGUUCAAUUAUUUCCAGCAAAUGAGCUGAUACAGACAGUUGCUAAAAGUGGUGGUUCUCAUCUUCUUGGUUCAGAAUUAAAAGAGGUGACUGUGGAGGAAACACCUAAACCUUUGGAACUUGAUUCUACUGAAGCGCAACGUAUCUGUCAAAGCAAGGAUGGUGUACAGGAUCUUUUGCACACUCAGAAGAACAAGGUCUCAAGUUCCGAAUUUUCACGAAGGAUCAUCGACGUGCCAGUGAAGUCUGUUAAUUUUCUUCCUCAUAUCUUUUCUGAUGUCAAAGUUGAGGAAAUGAAUGAGAUGACAGCAAAUUCAAUAGUAUCGAUUGAGGACUGCUUAUCGCUGUUUUCUGAACAAGUGAUAGAAUGGCGCUGUGAUAAUUGUGCAAAUGAGGAGCAGAUGGCAGGAAGUGCCAAUGAAUGCAAAUCUUCUUCAAGUACGCAACCGCAUGCGUCUGAUGCACAGAGUCAAAUUGUACAAACAGCAGGCAGAAUCACUGAAGGAACAAGUUCGGGGAUGAGUUGUGGUGAAAAAGACUCAGCUGCUUGCAGCAUAACCGAUAAAGAGCCUGAAUGCCAUGAAGGUAUUCAUCCAACUGAGAAACAGACUGACCUGUUGAAAAACGAGCAUAGCAGACAACUUAUGAUGUAUCAGGACAUGAUGAAGCAGUUACAUCUGGAUUCUAGCUCACUCCAAUUGAAAGAUGGCAAAAAUGAGCAUAAAGAUAUUGUUGGUUAUGCUAUUCAAACAUGUCUUUUUAAGAAGCUGCCACCUGUAUUAACUCUUCAGCUUCAGAGAGCUGGCACCGGUCACAAUACUAAGCUAAAAUAUAGUGAGCAUGUGAGAUUUGAGGAGCAUCUUGAUGUACAGCGAUUCAUGGAUCCCAGCUCUGUGGACAAAGAUAAUUCCCUCUAUCGUCUAGCUGGUGUUGUAGAGCACCGUGGCACUGGUUCGUUGGAUGAAGGACACUAUGUUGCUUAUGUGAGAGCAAGAAGGCUUGGAAAUCAUCAACAGCAGAGCAGCUGCUCUUUCUCAUGGUUCCGUGCAGAUGAUUCUGUCAUCAGUCAAGUGACUCUAGAAGAAGUUCUCAAGCGCGAGGCUUAUAUUCUUUUCUAUGAGAGGGUGGAAGGCUAAGAUAGCGGAUGAGUGAGAUUAGCAAAUCUUCUUCGGACCUCCAAGGAUUCAGCCCUGUGGAUAUAGAAGGAAAAACAGGCUCUUGAUCAAGCCCAUUUUUGUCACAGGGCUUCAAACUGACUGUAAUUGUACCAAAUUGGAGUUUUUGGUGCCGGUCUUCUCGACUCAGUUAAUCUGUUUUUGUUUUCAAUUGCUUUUGCCUUUUAGGAUCAAAUUGUGAAUAGAAUAUGACAUGUGACAUUGGUCAGAUUGGUAAAUCGGUCAUACAGGCUUUGUAAGGUUGUGUUGGAUGCUACUGUCACAUGAUAAUGGUUUACAUCGUGGAGAAUUUAGAACAUA